AUGCCCGAAAGACUAAAAGGGAGGAAUAUUAUUAUCACCGGUGCCGCUGGGCAAGCCUGUUCUAUCGCUUCAAUUCUCAUGCUGGAAAAGGUUAGAGACGUCUUAGCAAACUCUUGCGGACGUCUUGUGACUUGCGUCAUAGACGUCUCGAAUAAGUCCGAAGUCGAACAAGCCGUUAAUCACUUAGGCCGCUGGGGCGGCCUCGACGUCAUCUUCAACAACGCUGGCACUAUGUACCCUUAUGACGUCGACGCGCACGAGUGCCCCUCCGAAAUCUGGGACAAAACGUUUGAUAUUAGCAUCAAGGGCGUCUACGUUAUUAACAAUGCCACGUAUACCGUAAGUAAGGGUACGGUCAUGGCCCCAACUCGGGAGCUAGCAAUUAUUCAUGCUAGAGAAGAGCGACUCUUACAAAAAGCGACGAGAGAGGUGUACUUUCCUACCGGUUGCUUCGGCGAGGCCAUCGAGCAAGCUGACGAGAGCAGCUUCAUAAACGCACAUGACAUGGUUGUGGAUGGCGGAUUGACUAAGGCUUAUGUAACCCCAGAGGGGCCAGCAACCGAGGCGCCGCGAAAUUUGGGAAAAGUCUGAUCUUUACAAUGUCUACAAGUAAACACAGCACAUGAGUAGUUUGUUAAAGUAGAG